ACUGUUCUUCAGGGGAUUAUUUUGCUACCCCUCCGUGCCAUAUGCAUUGCAUUCAUAUUACUGCUAGCAUGGCUGUUUGCAUCGAUUGCAACUUUCCGUCACCAUGGAAAAGGAUCUGUGCCGCUUAAAGGAUGGAGAAGGAGGAUGAUCCAGACAACCCUCUCAUGCCUAACUCGUACCUUGUUCUUCGUAAUGGGUUUCCAAGUUAAAGUAAAAGGGAAAAUAGCAAGUCUACUGGAAGCCCCGAUCUUUGUUGCAGCUCCUCAUUCAAGCUUUUUUGAUGCCAUUAUUUCUGCCCUAACUGGAAUGCCAUCAAUAGUGUCUAGAGCAGAGAACCUGUCAACUCCGGUUUUUGGCACAAUUUUAAGUUCCCUUCAGCCUGUAUCAGUUUCUCGUCAAGACCCCGAUUCACGAAAGAAUACGGUCACGGAGAUAACUAAGCGGGCAUUAUCAAGAGGCGAGUGGCCACAGAUACUGAUUUUCCCAGAAGGCACCUGCACAAACCGAUCUUGCCUGAUCACGUUUAAACAAGGUGCCUUUGUUCCACGAGUCCCUGUACAACCUGUGUUGCUCCGAUACCCCAACAAGCUGGAUACUGUGACCUGGACAUGGCAGGGCUACUCACUAAAAGAGCUAUGUGUAAUGACGCUGUGUCAGCUUUUCACAAGAGUAGAAGUUGAGUUUCUGCCUGUUCAUGUUCCUACUGAGGAAGAAAAGAAUGAUCCCAUUCUUUUUGCCAACAGAGUCCGGCAAACCAUGGCAACUGCUUUGAAUGUGCCAGUCACUGAUCAUACUUUUGAAGAUUGCAGACUGAUGAUUUCAGCAGGAGGGCUGGUGGAGUUCACCAAAAUUAGCAAGAAACUCAACCUAAAAUGGAAUCAUGUCAGAGAGCAGUUGGAUACCUUUGCUGCUAUUGCAAGUGCUUCCAAAGGGGGAAGAAUUGGAAUUGAGGAGUUUGCAGAGUACUUGAAGCUGCCUAUUUCAGAUGUCCUCAAAGAGCUGUUUCUACUCUUCGACAGGAAUGGAGACGGCACCAUUGACUUCAGAGAAUAUGUAAUUGGUUUGUCUAUUCUUUGUAACCCAGCCAACACAGAAGAGACUAUUCGGAUGGCAUUUAAGCUCUUUGACAUGGAUGAGGAUGGCACUAUAACGGAAGAUGAGUUUGCUUCUAUCAUUCAGUCAGCUCUAGGGUUGCCUGAGCUUGACGUUUCUAUGCUCUUUAAAGAAAUAGAUGCAGAUGAAACCAGGAAGCUGUCCUAUGAUGAGUUCAAGGACUUUGCACUCAAGCAUCCAGAAUAUGCCAAGUUAUUUACUACAUACCUAGACCUACAGAGAUACCAGUUAGAUUUGUUGGAGGAGGAUGACACUGAGUCACCUGAAGUCAAACACAGUCCAGUUAGAAAGAGUACAAUCCCAGUCUCAGAAACAACACCAAUCGCAAGAAAUAAAGUCUGUCCUAAAGGAAACGAAGAGGAUAACUCAAGUACCUCUGACAAAAAGGAUGACUGA